CUUCAUCUGAACGAACUGUCUUGACCGGAGAUCUGGGAGCUUGGUGGGUUUCUGUGCUGGAGCCACGUGAGUUUCAGUGAUAGUUUUGCUAGCCAAAACGCAGUGAAGAUGGCGGUAGGACUUGCAGCGGAGCUCCUCUUCAUCUUCUCUAUUGUGCAAGCACAGGUGCAGGAAGCCUCCUCGCAGGUUGUAGGGGUAGUGGGAGGCGUGGUGUACCUCAGCCCCCCGCCGCAGACCCAGACGACCACCUACCACCAAAGCCACUGGCGCUAUGGCAGCUCCCUGAAGAUCGCCAUCAACGAGAACGGGAAGGGGGUCCAGUACCCCAAUGGCCCUUUUAAGGACCGCCUUAAGCUCUUCCCCAACAAUACGCUGAAGAUCAGCAGCUUGCUGAAAAACGACAGCAACACCUACCGGGUGUACCUGGAGGACGUGGCGGGCAAGGAGGACACCUACAGCGUCUCCCUGAAGGUGUAUGAUGUGGUCCCCAAACCUACCGUGAAUGCGAUAGUGCAUGGGAACAAUCCGGAGCACUGCGAUGUCACCCUGGAGUGCUGGGUACAGAUGGAAGACGUGACCUAUGAGUGGAUGCCCCCCAGCAGGGUCAUGCCAGUGGGCUCUAACAGCACCAACGGAUCCGUGCCCCUCUCCUUCAACCCCUCCCUGGAAACCUACACGUGCAGGGCCAGCAACCCCGUGUCCUCCAGCAGCGCCCGGCUGAUCCGCAGGCACCCCUGCUCGUGGACAGCUGAGUCCUCUGCUGUCUCCACCGCCACCAAGACCAGCAUGCUGAUGCUGCUGGGACACCUCCUCCUCCUCUUCUUCGCUCUGCAUUAAUGACACUCUGUGGCUGCUGUCUGUUGGCGUCUCCGUCUCGUCACCCCUCUGCUGUGAGGGUAGAACCUGGAUGAAGCCCCCAGAUGGCAAGUCUCUUUCAACGGCACUUUGAGAGUCCGAGCAAUGCGAAUCACCAAAUGGUCAUUUAGCAGCUCAAAAAUGCACCCAGCCCUAGCUCUGAGACCUGAGCCGAGCCUUUCCUGCAGGUUCCCCAUGGCAGUGGGCAUCCUCAGCUCUCCUGGUGUCUGCCAGCCACUGGGGGGGAAUGCUCUUAGGGGACUGCUGUGUGGUGUGGUUAUGAGGGCUGGUACACAGCACGUGACACUUUCAGGGAAAGUAUGUGAUAUGGCCAGUGCAGCCCCACAUCCAGUAGUGGAGCACUGGAGCAGGACCUUGAGACAUUUAAGAUUGACUUUUCUCAGCCCAGGGUGACUCAAUAGUGGAAUCAUGUUGUAUGCAUACAGUAAAUUUUUUUCUUUCCACACCAGA